AGAUGACCUAAACAAAAUAUAUAAAGCAAGAACCUGGUCCUCGUCUUCAACAAACUUGUUUCUGAACAAAAAUACAGCCAUAACAUCUCUCAAAUUAAAGUAGCAAUGUCUGUCCUGCUAUAUGCACUGUUGGUGUUCCUAUUUGGUCGUGCUUUGCAUCGCAGUGAUGCAGCACCUCUUCUUGUUCCCAAGAUUGCAGAACAUGCUGCUGGUAAUUGCAUAGAGAGUGAGAGAAUGGCACUUCUUGACUUCAAGAAGAGCAUUUCUGAUCCACAAGACAAGCUCUCAUCUUGGGCGAUGGGACAAGACUGCUGCUCAUGGGAAGGAGUCCGUUGUGACAACAUCACUGGCAACGUUAUUGGACUGGAACUUGGGGAGCAUGACUUGCAGCUGAAAGCCAGUUGAAGGAGUUGAGAUACCUUGACCUCUCUUAUUCUUACUUUAGCGGAUCCAUUCCUGCUAGUUUUGGAAAUCUCUCCAAUUUGCUCACUCUUGAUCUGUCGG